AUGUUGUUGAAGAUGAACCUGAGUGUCUGGUGCUUCCGAAAAGACAAGAAAGAUACGGCGAUGGAACUGAUAUCAGGACCAACGUUUUCCAUCAAGGUGUCGGAAUACGGAAACGAUUUACCAACGACGGACAAAGCUUCGACUUCCUCAUCUUCCGGUGAGACAGCGAACGAGGAAGGAGGUGUUCUGAGUCGUCCCGGAAGCGGAAUCUGA